CCAUGUCAUGUGCUCUUUUUUAAUUUGCUGACGGACGGCUGGCGGGGCGGCAGGAAAAACAACACUCAGUCUGAUUUACGCAGUGUACUGUGAAAACAAGUGAUCAACAAGAAAUAAGCCCAGCUAUGGGGCUGGGCACUUGAAGCAGAUGAUGCAGCGGGUGGGGGAGGAUAUACAUUGUGUAUAUUUUUUGUGUGUAUAUGUUUUUGCAUAGCAGCAGCAGCAAGGCUCAGCCAUGGAUGAUGUGAGAUGGAGAAGUGGGGUGUAUGUUUUAGUGGUGGUUAUGGCCUUUCAUCUUACAGGCUGUGCCUCUGAUGAAGGGGCAACGCUCUUGGAGAUAAAGAAAUCAUUUAGAGACAAAGAUAAUAUUUUGUAUGACUGGAUUGAUGCCAACUCUAAUGAUUACUGUUCCUGGAGGGGUGUUACAUGUGAUAAUGUCACCUUUGAUGUGGUUGCACUGAACCUUUCACAUCUGAACCUUGGAGGAGAAAUAUCACCAGCGAUUGGUGAUCUCAAGAGUUUACAAUCAAUUGAUAUCAAGGGCAAUGGUCUUUCCGGGCAGAUUCCUGAUGAGAUAGGCGACUGCUCAUCUUUAAAGAUACUGGAUGUUUCUUUCAAUGGAUUAGAUGGGGAUAUACCUUUCUCUAUAUCAAAGUUGAAACAGCUAGAAAACUUGAUACUAAAGAAUAAUCAGUUGAUGGGGCCUAUACCGUCAACGCUGUCACAGAUUCCAAACCUAAAGAUUUUGGAUCUGGCCCAGAAUCGACUUAGUGGAGACAUACCCAGGCUUAUCUAUUGGAAUGAAGUUCUGCAAUAUCUGGGGUUGCGCAACAACUUAUUGGUCGGAAUUCUCUCCCCUGACAUCUGUCAGUUGACUGGACUGUGGUAUUUUGAUGUGAGGAGCAACAAUUUGACAGGCACAAUUCCUCCUAAUAUAGGGAAUUGUACGAGUUUUGAGAUUCUAGACUUAUCAUACAACCAACUUACUGGUGAGAUCCCAUUCAACAUUGGAUUCCUGCAAGUCGCUACGCUGUCGCUACAAGGAAACAAGUUGACAGGGAGGAUUCCAGAAGUCCUUGGUCUCAUGCAGGCUCUCGCUGUUCUGGAUUUGAGCGAUAAUCAUCUUACUGGACCAAUUCCUCCUAUCUUGGGAAAUUUGACCUACACAGGAAAGCUGUAUCUGCACAGUAACAAUCUUACUGGACCUAUUCCAGCGGAGUUGGGGAACAUGACAAAAUUAAGUUACCUGCAACUUAAUGAUAAUCAUCUGUCAGGCCAGAUUCCCCCGGAGCUGGGGAAAUUGGAAGAGUUGUUUGAAUUAAAUUUGGCUGGGAAUCGACUUGAAGGUCCUAUUCCGGAGAACAUUAGUUCAUGUGUUGCACUUAAUUAUUUCAAUGUGCAUGGCAACCGCCUGACUGGAAAAAUGCCUCUAAAAUUUGAGAAGCUUGGAAGCCUAACUUAUUUGAAUCUGUCCUCGAACAAUAUCAAAGGAGCAAUUCCAAUAGAGCUGGGACAUAUCGUAAAUCUAGAUACAUUGGACCUUUCUGAUAAUGAGCUUUCUGGACCGAUCCCUGGAUCUGUUGGGACGCUUGAACAUCUUCUAAAAUUGAACUUGAGUGAAAACAAGUUGAAUGGGUUUCUUCCAGAAGAGUUUGGGAACCUGCGGAGUAUAGUGGAUAUUGACCUUUCUGGCAAUCAAUUAACCGGUCCUAUUCCUCAAGAGCUUGGGCAGUUACAAAACUUGGUUACAUUGAUAUUGAAAAACAAUAGUUUAUCAGGAGAAGUGCCACUGCAGUUGACUAACUGUUUCAGCCUUGCUAUAUUAAACCUCUCCUACAACAAUUUGUCUGGAGACAUUCCUGUUAUAAAAAACUUCUCAAGAUUUCCUCCCGACAGCUUUCUAGGAAAUCCAGGUCUUUGUGGUGACUGGAUUGGAUCAUAUUGUGGGAUUUACUCUGGAUCGUCAAAAGAGUCCAUCUCUAAACCAGCAAUUAUUUGCAUCUGUUUGGGAUCAGUAAUACUACUGUGCAUGAUUAUUUUAUUACUGUACCGUUCAAAUCAGCCAAAGCCAUUUACAAAAGGGUCUGCAAACAAAACGGAUCAAGGUUCUCCAAGAUUAGUCAUACUUCAUAUGGACAUGGCCCUGCACAUGUAUGACGACAUAAUGAGAAUUACUGAAAAUCUAAAUGAGAAAUAUAUAAUUGGCUAUGGUGCUACAAGCACUGUUUAUAAAUGUGUUUUAAAGAACUGUAAGCCAAUUGCUAUAAAGAGAGUGUACAGUCACUACCCACAAAGCUUGCGAGAAUUUGAAACUGAGCUGGAGACAGUUGGCAGCAUCAAGCAUAGGAAUCUUGUGAGCUUGCAUGGAUAUUCACUUUCUCCACAUGGGAAUCUGCUAUUUUAUGACUACAUGGUAAAUGGAAGUCUCUGGGACAUCCUACAUGGAGCAUCAAAGAAGAUUAAACUAGACUGGGAUACUCGUCUAAAGAUAGCCCAUGGUUCUGCAGAAGGAUUAGCAUAUCUUCAUCAUGGCUGUAAUCCACGCAUCGUUCACAGGGAUGUAAAGACAUCUAACAUUCUUUUAGAUGACGACUUUGAAGCCCAUUUGUCAGACUUUGGCAUUGCCAAGUGCAUUUCCUUGGCCAAAACUCACACCUCCACCUAUGUUAUGGGUACUAUAGGUUACAUUGACCCUGAAUAUGCAAGAACAUCGAGGCUUAAUGAGAAAUCUGAUGUCUACAGCUAUGGCAUUGUUCUUCUGGAGUUGCUGACAGGCAGGAAAGCUGUCGACAACGACUCAAAUUUGCUUCAGUUGAUUCUAUCUAAAGCAGACAACAACACGGUCAUGGAAACUGUUGAUACGGAAGUGGCUGCGACAUGCAAGGAUCUUGGGAUUGUGAGAAAAGUUUUUCAAUUGGCCUUGCUUUGCACUAAGAAACGGCCCUCUGAUCGACCCACCAUGCAUGAAGUUGCCAGAGUUCUGAAGUCAAUGUUGCCAGUGCCUGCUCCUAAGCAGGUUCCUAGCAUUCGAGUAAACCAACCCACCCCUAGCAAUAACUACAAGAGGUACUUGGAUGAAUAUGCUGAUGGCAAGCACAGGGAUGUAACAGGCAGCACAAGCAGCACUUCCGAUGGCCAUUUGUUUGUGAGAUUUGGUGAGGUAAUCUCACAAAACACAGUUUGACUGAAGUUGAAGGAUGGGAUGGGGUCUUGUAAAAAAUGUACAACCCCAGGUGUCCACUCUAUCUUGGAGAGGCCUGCAUUUACUCUAUGGACGAGCCAAUUUUCAAGCAAACAGCAAGUUCCUCUAUUGAAAGCUCAGCUUUUUUAUGUGGUAAUCGGGGCUGAUGGGAACUUUUUCGAACAGAUGGAAGUGCCAAACUUUAUUUUCAAAGGGAAAAUUAGCAUCCUGGGCAUUUUGCAAUCUUUAUACUGCCCAGCAGGCAUGCUUUUAAAUCAAAAGAUAAAUCAACCAACGACUGUUAUUUUUAUUAGUAACCAAUCAUAAACUCUUAUGCUGAUGCACUAAGUGUAAAAAAAUCCAAAAAAGUAGUUUGGAUCAAAUAACAUGGGAGGCAGCAACGUGUUGAUAUAAUUUUUGUUAAGCAUUAGAUGAGACCAUCUUUUGUAAGUUGAGACCAAGAUCCUUACUAAAUGAAAGAUAAUUGUAGAUAUAAUUAUAGAUAUAUUUGACAAUAAAAUGUGUUUUUUCGGUUCA